AAGCCCAUCCAUUUCCAUCCCGAGAGAGACAAGCUACCUUAGCCGACCAUAGUGCGCUAUUGCUGUCUCCGUGCCGUGAUUGCGAUUGUGGCUUUGGCUUGGGGUGUUUGCUCUCGUAGUCAACAUAUAAAGACAUCACCUCCAGCUCCUCGUCCACUUUUCUUCCCUUCUCUCCCCUUCUCUCUCCUCCCCCUCGACCCCUCUCCGGCUUCAUCUGCACGUCUGCCCCUUUGUCUGUUUUUUCCUGAUACCGUUUUAGCUCUAAGCGUUUGGAUCCGUUCCCUCGACCCCCCGUUUCUAACCAACUAGACAUGAACUCAAUUCUUGGCGAGAGGGCGACCGAAGGGGAAAUGGUCCGCAGUGUCCUUAUAUUCUCCCGACACGGAGACCGCACACCCAAAAAUCUCGGAACCACUAGAUUGACGACAUUGGGCAAGAACCAGAUCUAUGCUUCCGGAGAGUUCUACCGCACUCGGUACCUGGAUUCCAAUUCUACUCACUUCAUCAAGGGAAUCAGCGGGAGGAGGUAUGUCGAGAAGGAAAUGUUUGCUUCUACUCCGGACCAGGUACUACCCGCUUUUGCCGUGACGCCCACCGAAGCAUUGCCAUAAGCUAACGAGAAUUGAUUGAACAGCAACUACUCGUCCAGUCCAGUCAGGUCUUCCUACAAGCACUCUACCCCCCCCAAACCGUUACCGAGACCCUCGCGGACGGAACAUCAGUCAGCUCCCCCGACAACGGCCAACAAUUUCCCAUCUUGCACUCGGUUAGCAGUAACUCCCCCGACGCAAUUUGGCUAAAGGGCGACGACGGUUGCCCACGACACGACCAAAGCUUCGAACAGUUCUACGCCUCGCAGCAAUUCAAAGACCUGGCCGUCUCUACAAAGUCGUUUUAUGAAUCCUUUACGGAUGUGCUCCAGGGACUGUUCCCACCGGACAAAAUCGGCUAUAUUAGUGCCUAUCCCAUCUUCGACUACCUGAACGUUGGCAAGAUCUACAACUCUACCAUUGCGAAACGCGUUUCCAACGAGGACCUAGACAGACUCCGAUACCUUGCAGACUCCACUGAAUGGGCAAUGAACGCGAACAUCACUACACCAACGAUGCCAAACCCAAUCUCCAUCUCUGGAUCCACCCUUGCCAGGGCUAUCCUCACACAGCUAAACCCACCCGCAACCACGACAAACAGCACUGUGAAGCUCUCGGUGCUUUUCGGAUCAUACGACACCUUCCUCUCCUUUUUCGCUUUGACCUCUCUUCCGUCCACCAGUCCCUCGUUCUAUGGGCUACCAGUGUAUGCUUCUACCAUAGUCUUCGAGCUCGUCUCCUACCCAUCCGACUCGAACAUGUACGUCCGCUUCCUCUUCCGCAACGGAACCAACCCGGACUCUCCCCUUACUGAGUACCCGCUCUUUGGCCGGGGGGGGGAGAGUGCACUCAUGCCUUAUAAAGAAUUCUAUGGAUCCAUGGAUAAAAUAGCCAUAAAAAACUUGGACCAAUGGUGCAAGGUGUGCGAUUCUCAAGAGGAUGUAUGCCAAGCGAGGGACAUGCCCAUCGACGUCCAGCCGGCGGCGGUGCACCCGGGCAUGAAACCGGAACUUGCAGGCGGCAUUGGUGCGAUCUGCGCGCUCGCUGCAGUCGGAAUUAUUGUAGCCGCGUUGAUGGUGAUUCUGGGCUUUAGGUUCACCAAGAAGGAGAGGAAAGCCGACGAGGCGAAGAGCUGUACCAGCGCUGAAGAGAGUGUGGAUGUUAAAGCUUAACCGCAUCUCUAUUCCAGUUUUAUGGAUGCAAGUAUUUAUGCCUCUUGUGAGCGAUGGCACGUAUGAGGUCGUCUGGUUGGUUACCUAGGGUUGUAGUUAUAUUCUGAUCACGUUGUUUCAUGUCUUUAGCUGGCCUUGUUGAAUUCCUUUGGCGAGAAAAUUAAUUGAACUUCUCGGAGCUGAUAACCAAUGUCAACGCACCCCAGCCCGUCCAUAUGCAUCUAUAGCAUCAUAGCGGUAAUCCUGGU